AUGGCAUUGUUUUACACAAGGUGCUUGCAAGAGCUGCCAAAGAUAACAGUGACGGAUGUACAUCGUCUGGCCAAGACAAGUAGCAAAGCACCAACCUCCAAGUUGGAAAAAGGAUUCAAACUUUAUGCCUCAAGUUACCUUUUCAACUAUGAAGGUAAGUGUAGCCAAGUUUACUCAAAGCUGUAACGUAGUUUAAGACAUGCCUUUUACAGUAGCUAGCUAACAUUAUGAUUGCUCAUUCUUUUUAUUCAAAACAGUUUAGAACAGGGACAAAGUGACAGGAGAGGUCAGAAUAAGGGCUUGCUGCUACAGGUCCAUGAGGAAAAAUGAGAAACCACACAGUUUCAGUUUAGGGUGAAAAGUCAGCUGUUUGUGACACAAUGCAUGCCGGUUACACAGUCAGAGAUGAAGCCUAGUCUUAGACUAAGAAGUUCCUGUCAAUGGAGAUCUGCAUUAAGAGGCAUUGCUUAGUCUAGGACUAGGCUUAACCCAUGUCUAUGAAACUGUUCUUAGUGUAGUAAUUGUUCAGUCGUCUUCCUUGCUGUUUCUGUAAACUCUGUUAUGUUGGAUGCAUUAGAUUAAAUUUAAACAAGGGCAUAUACCCUUAAUAGAAAAGUUUAAACCUGUGUUGCUGUAAUUCAUUUAGUGGCUGUUGCAUGUUGCGCCAGUCACUUCUGUUUGCUGGUCUAUUCCCAAAUGGGAACACCAGUCGUCCCACCUGUGCACAGCUGUACAGAGGCCGUGCAGCAGUGGCAUAAGCCAAGGAUUAUGGUAUGUUUUAAUAGUUAUACCACAUAUCAACAUCAUAUGGUUAUAAUCACAUCAUAAUGCUAAGAAAUGAUUUAAUGAAAACUUAAAUCAUCUCAUGAUUAGAUUUAAAAUAGUGCCCUUGUACUGUCUUUUUACAGGGUCUGAAACCUGGGCCCAUAGGCAAAAUGACCAUCACCAAGCCCACCAAAAAGCAUAUGGCAGAAGGAGGGAUUAGGUGAGUAUUCCCUAAUAGCCACUAUAAUAGGUAGUAGCUGGUCAUGUCCUAUUACACUUUGACUAUAUAACAUUUCAGGUGGUUUCAAGUACAUUGUUUAGAUUGGCUAAACACAGCAGCUGCACUCUACAGCGCUCUUCUUGGACUGCUCCCUGACCUCUCAGUUCUCCAGUUAGAAGAGGCAUACAAUAACUUUGACCCUCUAUCCAAGCCAUUGAUCUACAGCAUGGGGAUGUCUGCUGAAAAGCUUUUAGUCGACUCCCACUUUGGAAAGGUACAGGUGGGGAGCCUCCUGUCUUACCAGCAGCCUCCAAUCACAACGCGACACAUAGUUCACCAUAAGGAGACACCACCAUUCCCUUCACUGUCCCUGGCUACAGACUGGAGAGCAACUUUCAAGGCUGCACAUUUGUGCUCAGUGAAGAAGACAAGCUUCACAUAGAGUCUCUUCAGGUGAGUUUCGCAACAGCACAUAAAAUAGAGCAAGCUACUAGAGAACAGAGUGCUGUCUCCGACUGGCAGGUGCUCCGGAAACCUCGUGACCUCGUCACGGUUCCGAGAGGCUUGCCAUGUGAGAGGGCUGACAUCCGCAGGCAAUCUAGCUGA